GGAGUCGGAGGAGAAUUCAGCUGAAAUCAAGUGUGAUCCAGUGAAUGAACCUGGUGAAGGUGAACACUCAGAGAAGAAUGAUGACAACACAGGAGGAGAGUCUGAAAUCACAUCUGUAUCAUCUGCAAACAAUGAGAAAGUAGAGGAGUUGGAGGAGAAUUCAGCUGAAAUCAAGUGUGAUCCAGUGAAUGAACCUGGUGAAGGUGAACACUCAGAGAAGAAUGAUGACAACACAGGAGGAGAGUCUGAAAUCACAUCUGUAUCAUCUGCAAACAAUGAGAAAGGAGAGGCUGAUGAAGUUAAAGAUGUCAGCAAUGAAAGCAGCAGUAAGAUGACUGAGGGGUCGAUGGAGGAGAGUGACGCAGUGAAGGACACAAGUCCAACCUCUCAGACUGUUUCAACAGCAACCAAACAACUAGAGGAGUUGGAGGAGAAUUCAGCUGAAAUCAAGUGUGAUCCAGUGAAUGAACCUGGUGAAGGUGAACACUCAGAGAAGAAUGAUGACAACACAGGAGGAGAGUCUGAAAUCACAUCUGUAUCAUCUGCAAACAAUGAGAAAGGAGAGGCUGAUGAAGUUAAAGAUGUCAGCAAUGAAAGCAGCAGUAAGAUGACUGAGGGGUCGAUGGAGGAGAGUGACGCAGUGAAGGACACAAGUCCAACCUCUCAGACUGUUUCAACAGCAACCAAAAAACUAGAGGAGUUGGAGGAGAAUCCAGCUGAAAUCAAGUGUGAUCCAGUGAAUGAACCUGGUGAAGGUGAACACUCAGAGAAGAAUGAUGACAACACAGGAGGAGAGUCUGAAAUCACAUCUGUAUCAUCUGCAAACAAUGAGAAAGGAGAGGCUGAUGAAGUGUCAGGUUCAGGGAACAGAACUCAAGCGCAGACUGGAGUAGCUGGUAAAGAAACUUAUUUUAUUGAAGCUGCGAGCGUGGGCUGGAAGAAGGAGUGCUGGAUCCGAAGAUGGCUGGGCUGGCUGAUGUGGUGCUGGGCUGCAUUCCUCAGUGCGGCUGCAGACUUUAUGUUCCAGCGCAUGGCGUGGCUAUUGGCAGCAGAGGAUUCUGAAGUAGAGGAGUCGGAGGAGAAUUCAGCUGAAAUCAAGUGUGAUCCAGGAGAUGAAUCUGGUGAUGGUGAACAAUCAAAGAAUGAAGACAACACAACAGUAGGAGGAGAAUCUGAAAACAAGCCUGAACUAUCUGCAACAACUGAUGAAGGUAGCUCAGAUGAAGAUACAAGUGGAAACGAGGAGCAGUCAGUGGAGAUUUCUGAAGAGAUCAACAAGAAAAAAGAAUAUCAAAGAGAAACUGAAACACUGUUUGACCGACUUCACCUUCAAGACAAAUAUCAACAGAAGUUGACACCAGCAGAUUUUCUUAAAAUAGGUCCACCUGUGAAACAGGACCAUGACACAUCUGAGAAAGAUCUAGCUCAUACUUUUCUUCAGAGGUUGUUGAUUUUAGACUACAGAGCCAGAUAUAUUCCUGUAAGACAAGACAGUCCUGAGGUGAUCCAUUUAAAUCCUGAUCCAGAGUCUGACACUGAUGAGACAGACAAUGAUGACUUAGAUUUAGAUGAUCUUUUAAGAACAAAUGUAGACUGUGAUCAAUCAAAACAGACUCAUGUGCAUCCAAUGGAUGUUCAAAUGGCAGUAUUUCACUGCUCAGACAGCUUUUUUAAGCAGAACAUGAUUACAAAGCUAUCACAAUGUCAGUACGCCUUACCGUUGCUUGUUCCUGACCCAGUCACAAUGGAUAUUGACUGUCCUCUGUGGACAUUCAGACAAAUAAGAAAAAGCUGGAAGAUAACUGAAAUCAAAGAUAAUUCAAACAUUGUCACCAUGAAGAGUUUGCCCAUCUGCAAAGCUGAGACAGCCAUGGUGUCAUUUCUCCGCCUGGGUUCACUAUCUCUGUCUAAAUCUCAGCUGAUGAACACUUUGAUCAACGACCGUCACAACACCUUCUUCCACAGAAACUGUCCAGGUAGCACCAAGUCUCGUCAUCUGAUGGAUGGUGUGGCAGAGAUUGCCUGGUACUGCCCUGCUGGAAAACCCAAUGAUGCCUUCACUGACUGCAUUGCCUUCUGUAAUCUCCAUGGUGAUGCUCUGUUGAUUGAAAAACAGCGUGACAUACUGAUGGAAAAAUCUUCAGUCAAUGUAGUUAUUGUACCAACUCUGGAAAAAGGUGACAAAAGUUCUGCAAUUCUCACUGGAAUCUCAGCCCUUCUCAAGUCUCCGAAGCCUCUCAUUAUUCUUAUUGCUGAUAAUGAUCAUGGUGUACUUAAGAUGAAAAAAGGAAAAUACAAAAUGGGUCUAAAGGACAGAAGCCUGUCAGAUGUUUCUGAAGUACUUAAAAAAAGAAUUGGAGACAUUUUGUCUGGACCCCAUGCAUCCUUCCAGCUUGAAACCAUGACUGAGGUCUCUGGAAUCAGAGUGGAUGAAGAUGACAAUGACUGCAAAAAUGGGAAAUCUGCUGCAAAGCCAAUAAUGAAUUUGCUUAAAAAGUUGGUAGUUUCAAAGAUCAAAGAUGAAUUUCUCCCUUGUCAAGGCCAACUGUGGCAUAACUGGUGCAGAAUAAACAAAGAACUGUAUCACCUCAAAGGACACAUUGAGAAGGAGAAAUGUCAAAAGCAACAGGAACUGAUGAAAAUACGACAGGAUCAAUGCACUGCUUCUUGUAGUGACCUGAUGAAGUUGUUCAUUGAAAGUCUCUCAUCUUUGCCAUCAACAGACAAGAAGUAUUUUCUGAAGUGGACUCAGAUCUUAAUAGAUGCCCUCCCCACAAAUGAUCUCACUUCAAUUCUCCAAAGCUAUGAUGGAAAGUGGUCUGAGGUCUUGGCUUUGAAGAAGGACAAGAAGCAUGACAAAUCUGAUCUGUUAAAAAGAAAGCAAACUGAGCUUGAUCAAAUAUCAACAGAAUUACAAUCAGCAACUUUUGGCUUGGAGCACAUCUUUAGAGAAAUGGGACAGAUCUAUGAAGCACACGCAUCUCUGCAGAAACAAACAAAGAGGGGACAGCCUGACUGGUCUAAAUACCCUGAGCUGGCUGCAGAGCUGAUGAUAUCAGGACACCCAAUGGAGCUGAUGGAUGGUGAUGCAGGUCAUGUGCCUUUGACUUGGAUCUCUAGUCUUUUAGAUGAAGUCAUAAAGAAACUGGACGACAAGAGAGUUUUUGUUUUGUCAGUUUUAGGCGUACAAAGCAGUGGAAAAUCAACAAUGAUGAAUGCCAUGUUUGGGUUACAGUUUGCAGUGAGUGCUGGCAGGUGCACCAAGGGUGCCUUCAUGCAGCUGGUCAAAGUGUCAGAGGAGAUGAAGAGAGACUUUCAGUUUGACUAUGUUCUAGUGGUGGACACUGAAGGACUGCGUGCUCUUGAGUUGGAAGGUAACGCCACUCUUCACCAUGACAAUGAACUGGCAACAUUUGUUGUUGGUCUGGGAAACAUGACACUGAUCAACAUCUUUGGAGAGAAUCCAGCUGAGAUGCAAGAUGUUCUGCAGAUUGUUGUUCAGGCGUUCAUGAGGAUGAAGAAAGUUGAACUUUCUCCAAGUUGUGUGUUUGUUCACCAGAAUGUUACAGAUAUUGCAGCUGCAGAGAAAAACUUGGAUGGAAAGAGACGGCUGCAAGAAAAACUGGACCAGAUGGCCAAACUAGCAGCCGAAGAAGAGGUCUGUGAUGCUGAGUGCUUCAGUGACGUCAUUGCAUUUGAUGUGCAGAAAGAUGUGAAAUACUUUGCCCAACUAUGGGAGGGGAGUCCACCUAUGGCUCCUCCAAAUCCAGGUUACAGUGAGAGCAUCCAAGAGCUGAAGACCUUCAUCCUCUCUAAAGCUUCACAGUCUAAAGGGAUUACUCUCUCACAAUUCAAAAGCAAAAUUCAUGACCUGUGGAACGCCCUGAUGAACGAAAACUUUGUUUUCAGUUUCAAAAACACACUUGAAAUUGCAGUGUACAGAAAACUUGAGGUCCAGUAUGGGAACUGGACCUGGACCCUGAGGAGCAACAUGUUGACCAUUGAGAACAGGCUUUAUACCAGAAUUGAAAAUGGAAACCUUGACAAGGUAGAGUCCAAUUAUCUUAAUAAAGAAAUGAACAAAACCUAUGAAGAAAUCAAAAAAGCAAUGACAACAUACUUUGAUGAUGACAAAGACAAAGAAAUGUUGGUUCAGUGGCGAGGACAAUUUGAAAACAAAAUCAAGGAGUUUCAUGAUGAACAAGUGAGAGGAGUUAAAAGAAAACUGGAUGAAGUCAUCCAGCAGAAGAAUGCUUGUAAAAAGCUGGAUGAUAAGAAGACAGAGUUUGAAAACAAGCUGCUACAAAAGAGCAAAGAGCUCGCUCAUCAGUUAAAGGACAAGGCAAAAGAUGAAGAGGAACUCAAGAAGCACUUCGACUCUGUCUGGAGUGGCUGGGUUAGGGAACUAACUGCAGAUACAAAACCUAUUGAGGACAUCAACUUGAAAGAUGAUCAGUCAAAGAUCAUUCAGGAGCUUGGUUUUGAAUGGUCGCUAAUUAAUGCUUCUGAAAGAAGUGGCAAAUACAAAAACAUACCAGAAGAUUGUGAUUACGGUCAUUAUGUAUCUCAUUCACAUUCAACCAUAUUUCAUGAAAUUGGCAAAAAAGCAAAAAAAUUCUUUACGCGGAAUAUUCAGUUUGAAGAACAGCAACAGAUCAGAUCCCUUAUUGACGAUGUUGAAAAACAGUCGCUUGAUGCAAUUACGAGCAAACCUGUCGCUAUAAGAGGCUACAGUUCAACUCACUUGCAAGAAGUGGCCAACAAUGUGAAAAAAAAGGUCACAGCAUUUGAAUUAGAGAUAAAAUAUGCUCUAAAGAAAGAGUUUACAGUUGAUCUCUUACUGUAUGUGUUUCAUAGAGCAGAGAGUUGGCUUUCAGAGUCCCACAAGAAAUUUAAAGGAAACAAUGAUGCACUCAGUUACGUAGAAAGUAAGAAAAUGCAAUAUUACAACAUUUUCAGAAGCUUCUGCAAAGGAAGCUCAUCUGUGGUUGUGCUUGGAGAACUGAUGUGUGAAAAACUGAAGGUUUCCACUGUUGAGGCUGUCUGUAACAAGACUGCCAUUGAUCUCGCUGGAGAGAUGAAGUGCACUUUCCCAGCAUUCAGUGGGAACAGGCUGAACUUGGAGAAACAUUUGUUGAAGUCACUGGCUGAGAAAGAAGACUUUGAUGGUUUUAUCACCUACAUCAGACACCCAAGGAACCAAGUAGAGGCCUUUAUAAAAGAGGAAGUACAGAAAUACAUCUUCACAGACAACAAAGAUAAAGCACGGAAUAUACUCAAGAAAAAUGUUGAAGACAUCAAAAACCUUCUGAGUCGAGCUUUAUUUACUGCUACAGAGAAAGUCAAAAAACAAAGAGGAGACCCAGACAUGUGGGUGAAGGAAUUUUCCAGUUUGUUAAAAGAUCAGCUAACAUUCAACACCAUCUGUUGUCAGAACCUCAGUGACAUAAACAAUUUUGACUUUCUAAAAGAAGAGACAGAGAAAGGCCUUGUAUCUGUCAUAGAGGAAGUGAGCAGCCUCUCACUGGAUAAGAUGGAGGAAUUCAGGAUGAAGCCUGAUCAAAUCCUCAUUGAUCAGCUGUGUAACUGUUGCUGGGUAACGUGUCCAUUCUGUGCAGCUGUUUGUACCAACACAUUGAAAGAUCACAGUCCUGGUGAUCACAGCGUGCCCUUUCAUCGAUCUACUGCAGUCAAUGGUAUUCACUACAGAGACACAGAGAUACUGAGUGUUGAGUUCUGCACAACAAAAGUUGCAAGUGAUGGAAGUUUUUACCCUGGUGAAGAUCCAGAAGAGCUCAUUCCCUUUAAAGAGUACCGAACUGCUGGACCAAGGCAUGCUAACUGGAGAAUCACCCCUGAUGAGUCUGAGCUGAAAUAUUGGACAUGGUUUGUGUGUCGAUUUAAGAAGCAACUGGAAGAUCACUAUAAAUUAAAAUUCCAGGACUAUGGUGAAAUUCCCAGUGAGUGGAAAAACCACUCUAAAGAAGAAGCUAUCAAAAGUCUGGAUGAUAUGUUCAACCUGUGAGUGAGCCAACACAACAACAACCCUGCUGAAAAUCAUAAUGAUACUUGUUUUCCAACACAUCCUCAUACCUAAACGACAAAAUUUCUGCACAACAACUGUUGCAAGUGAUGGAAGUUUUUACCCUGAUCGACAUUCAAAUCGGAGUAUUCCUUACAAAAAGUAUCAAAGUGCUGGGGAGAAGUAUGCUACAUGGCAGAUUACUGCUGAUGAGUCUAAGCUGACAUACUGGAAAUGGUUUGUCUGUCGAUUUCAAAAACAACUGGAAGAUCACUAUAAAUUAAAAUUCCAGGGAAGAGGAGAUAUUCCCAGUGAGUGGAGAAAACACAGUAAACAAGAAGCUAUUGAAAGUCUGGAUGACAUGUACAAUCUGUGAGUGAGCCAGAAACAACCACGACCCUACUCAAAG